AGAUCGUGGAAAAUUAGUUCAAUUUUUGAGGCUUCAUCUCGAGUAUCAUUUAUUAUCUGAGCAAAAUGUUUCGUAAUAUUUUAGUACUCGCUUUAAUUGCUUUGGCAGUCGUUACUAUUCCAGUGCAGGGCACAUCUGAAUCAGGAGAAAUACGACAAAUUCUCCAACGGAUACAAACGCUGAAAGACAAUCGAAACAUUGAUGAAAUUUUGAAUAUCGAAUCAGAAAUCACACAUUUGGCGUCAAAACCAGUUCAGAUUACUGAAAGUGCAAGUGGUACAAGCAUGAGUCCAAAAAAAUUAAAGAGAACUAAAACUAUGUCAAAAAUGCUUUCAUCUAUACAUAAAGCAGUCACCAAAAACUCUGGAGCAAUCUGUGGCCACGAAAAAGAUAUCAUGAAGUUUGCUGUCAAAAGAGGAGAAUAAGAGACAACCAUUCGAAAGUUAACAACCAAAUAUGCCAAAGUGACUUAGUUUUAAACUUUAAUUUUUAUUUAAAGUUAGUUCGUUCUUAAUAAAAAUUCAAUUUAAAGUUGCAAAUAAAAUAUGACAACUCAGCA